UUUUGCUUUUAGAAUAAAAGACAAAACUAAUGUUGGCAUCUCCUGCCGGCCCUGGUGUACAUGCUUUGGUCCCCAUGCUUUCUGUGCACACAGGGCCAGUGAGAACCUGGAACCUUCCUCCCCUCCUCCCCAGUUAACUCAUUCUUUGGGCCUUGGCUCCAUGAUUGUAGAUGCCUCCCCUCGCCUUCCUGCUCUUUCCCCCCAAAAGAGAGGCUUCCUCCAGGGAUAGUGAGCCUGCUGUCUCUGCAGGAAUACAAGCGGACACCGGGCCAUGGCUUGGCAGGGAUGCUAGAGAGAACAGAACACUUGGUGAGGGGCAAAGACUCAGCCUGCACGUCCCUCCCGACACUGAGUGUCUUCUCCACCUGCAGCUCUGACUUCCCAGGCCUAGGGGCCCAAGAAUAAGGUUACUCAACGAUAGUUAUGACCUCCCGGUUACGUGCGUUCGGUGGAAGAAUUAAUAACAUACGCACCUCAGAAUUACCCAAAGAGAAAACACGAUCCGAAGUCAUCUGCAGCGUCUGCUUUCUAGAUGGCUUGGUACAGACCUUUAAAGUUAAUAAACAAGAUACUGGUCAAGUUCUCCUGGAUAUGGCUUACAACUACUUGGGCGUGACGGAAAAGGAGUAUUUUGGUUUGCAGCACAGUGAUGACUCAGUGGACUCUCCUAGAUGGCUUGAAGCAAGCAAACCCAUCAGGAAGCAGUUAAAAGGAGGUAUCCCCUGUACCCUGCAUUUUCGAGUAAGAUUUUUUAUACCUGAUCCCAACACACUGCAGCAAGAACAAACCAGGCAUUUGUAUUUCUUACAACUGAAGAUGGAUAUUUGUGAAGGAAGGUUAACCUGCCCUCUUAACUCAGCGGUGGUUCUAGCAUCCUAUGCAGUACAGUCUCAUUUUGGAGACCGUGAUUCUUCCAUUCAUCCUCCGGGCUAUCUUUCCGAUAGCCAGUUCAUACCGGACCAGAAUGAGGACUUUUUAGCAAAGGUGGAGGCGCUCCAUGAGCAGCACAGUGGGCUAAAGCAAUCAGAAGCGGAAUCUUGCUUUAUCAACAUAGCACGGACCCUCGACUUCUAUGGAGUGGAGCUGCACAGUGGUAGGGAUCUGCACAGUUUAGAUCUAACGAUUGGAAUUGCUUCUGUCGGCAUCGCUGUGUACCGAAAAUAUAUUUGCACAAGUUUCUAUCCUUGGGUGAACAUUCUAAAAAUUUCUUUCAAAAGGAAAAAAUUCUUUAUACAUCAGCGACAAAAACAGACUGAAUCCAGGGAACACAUAGUGGCCUUCAACAUGUUAAAUUACCGAUCUUGCAAAAACUUAUGGAAAUCCUGUGUCGAGCACCAUACAUUCUUUCAGGCAAAGAAGCUACUACCUCAGGAAAAGAAUGUUCUGUCUCAAUACUGGACUCUGGGCUCUAGGAACCCCAAAAAGUCUGUAAAUAACCAGUAUUGCAAAAAAGUGAUUGGAGGGAUGGUCUGGAACCCGGCCAUGCAGAGAUCUUUAUCAGUGGAACAUUUAGAAACCAAGAGUCUACCAUCUCGGUCUCCUCCUAUUACUCCCAACUGGCGAAGUCCUCGACUCCGGCACGAAAUCCGAAAGCCACGACACUCUUCCGCAGACAACCUUGUGAACGAAAUGACAUACAUCCCUGAAACUGAAGAUGUGUUUUACACCUACAAGGGCUCCCUGUCCCCUAAAGACAGCGAUUCUGAGAUUUCUCAGAACCGAAGCCCACACCGAGAAGAAAUGAACUCUGUCCUGGCUUUUGUUUCCGAUGACUACCGCAUUUACAGUUCUGAAGCAUCGGCUCCUGAGGGCGAGCACCCGUUUGUCUGCCGGAGUAUAUCCGAGAACAACCCAGCACAAAGCUGCCUGACCCAGAAGUCAUCCAGUUCUGUGUCUCCAUCUUCAAAUGCUCCAGGCUCCUGUUCCCCAGAUGGCAUCGAUCAGCAGUUCUUAGAGGACUUCCACAGGGUGACCAAAGGGGGCUCCACCGAGGACUCCAGCCAGUACUACUGUGACAAGAAUGAUGGUGACGGCUACUUAGUCUUGAUCCGCAUCACACCAGAUGAAGAUGGAAAAUUUGGAUUUAAUCUAAAGGGAGGAGUGGAUCAAAAGAUGCCUCUUGUGGUAUCAAGGAUAAACCCAGAGUCACCUGCGGACACCUGCAUUCCUAAGCUGAACGAAGGGGAUCAAAUCGUGCUGAUCAACGGCCGGGACAUCUCAGAACACACCCAUGACCAAGUGGUGAUGUUCAUCAAAGCCAGCCGGGAGUCGCACACACGGGAGCUGGCCCUGGUGAUCAGGAGGAAAGCUGUCCACUCGUUUGCUGAUAUCAAAUCUGAAGAUGAACUGAACCAGCUUUUCCCAGAGGCCAUUUUCCCCGUGUGCCCGGAGGGUGGGGACACGCUGGAGGGAUCCAUGGAACAGCUGAAGAAGGGCCUCGAAAGCGGGACGGUGCUGAUCCAGUUUGAGCAACUCUACAGAAAGAAGCCGGGUUUGGCCAUCACAUUUGCAAAGCUGCCUCAAAAUUUGGACAAAAACCGAUAUAAAGAUGUACUGCCUUAUGACACCACCCGGGUAUUAUUGCAGAGAAACGAAGAUUAUAUUAAUGCGAGUUAUGUGAACAUGGAAAUCCCUGCUGCUAACCUUGUGAACAAGUACAUUGCCGCUCAGGGACCCCUGCCACAUACCUGUGCACAAUUUUGGCAGGUAGUCUGGGAUCAGAAGUUGUCACUCAUCGUCAUGCUGACCACUCUCACAGAGCGAGGGCGGACCAAAUGCCACCAGUACUGGCCCUAUCCUCCCGAGGUCAUGGAACACGGCAGCUUUCACAUCCGCUGUCAGUCAGAGGACUGCACCAUCGCUUACGUGUUCCGGGAAAUGCUGGUCACGAACACCGAGACCGGAGAGGAGCACACCGUGACGCAUCUCCAGUACGUGGCAUGGCCAGACCACGGAGUUCCCGAUGACUCCUCGGACUUUCUGGAAUUUGUAAACUAUGUGAGGUCCCUGAGAGUGGAAGGUGAACCCGUCCUAGUUCACUGCAGUGCUGGGAUAGGUCGGACCGGUGUGUUGGUCACCAUGGAGACAUCCAUGUGCCUGAUCGAGAGGAACCUGCCCGUUUACCCACUGGAUAUUGUUCGGAAAAUGCGAGACCAGCGUGCCAUGAUGGUGCAGACAUCAAGCCAGUACAAGUUUGUGUGUGAAGCAAUUCUUCGUGUUUAUGAAGAAGGCUUAGUCCAAAUGCUGGAUCCCAGUUAAGACGACUGUGAAGACGUUCAUUCCUCUUUCCCAAGGGCGUCCUCCUUCUCUCUGGAAGCAGCAAGAGGAAUUUGUAGGCUGUGGGAAAGGAAUGAGCAUAUUUGAACCCAGGCACUUUAAAUUUCUAU